UCGUCUUCAACAGCAUGGCGUCCAAGUCCACUCCCGAUGUCUGGGGCAUUGGACAGCUGCUCCCGAACGUCUCAAUUCACAGGCUGGAUCAACGUCCGGGAGUAAGAGGCAUAUUGUCCGAUUUGACCUGUGACAGUGACGGGAAAAUCAACAAAUUCAUCAGCGACGAGUCAAGCUGGCCGCUUCACGAGUUGGAAGAAGGCGGCGGUAUCUCCGGUGGUGGCCGGUACUAUCUGGGGAUGUUCCUGGGCGGGGCUUAUGAGGAGGCGCUCGGAGGAGUCCACAACCUCUUCGGCGGCCCAAGCGUAGUGCGCGUGUUGCAGAGCGAUGGCCCCCGCAGCUUCGCGGUGACACGUGCCGUGCCUGGGCCGUCGUGCGGGGACGUGCUCCGGGUGAUGCAGCACGAGCCCGAGCUCAUGUUCGAGAUGCUCAAGCACCGGGCCGAGGAGUUCGUGCACGACGAUGGCGGCAGCUUCGCCUACGCGUCGCUCGCCAACGGCCUUGCCGGCGCUCCUUCCACAACAUGCCUUACCUUGUCGCCGGUUCGUCCUGCGGCUACACUGCCGCCAACGGUGGCAAUCCCUACUACUAUUGCAGCGAUGAAAACUAUGGCGCCGUUGGCGAUUCUGCCGCAGCUGGGGAGGACGAGCAAUGGACCUACUGCUGUGCUUGAGACUGGUCUAAGGAUUUCCGCCGGUUGAGGAGGUUGUAAGCCGUGGAGGUCGUCUGUUUUUCAGUUAAUUGAUUUCCUUUCGUCUUUGAAUCUAGUUUUAUUUCCCUGAAUUCCUGAUGAACAAGAUGCAAUGCAAGCAAACAGCAUGCUCUGUCUUCUGCA